AUGUCCCAGAAAAUGAAGGACAAAGUUUGCAUCGUGACGGGAGGAGGACAUGGAUUCGGCGAGGCCAUGGCUAGGCGGUUCGCCGAAGAAGGUGCCAAAGUGGUGAUUGCGGACAUCAACCCCAAAGCGGGCCAACGGGUCGAGCAGGACAUCAACGCCACGCAUGGCCCGAAGACGGCCCUGUUCCAGGAGGCCAAUGUGACGAGCAAAGCCUCGUGGGAGAAACUGCUAGAGGUCACGCUGAAGGAGUUUAGCGGCGUCGACGUGCUGGUCAACAAUGCAGGGACCACGUACCCCAAAAAGGCGUCGCACACCGUCACCGAAGAAGAGUACGACAAGGUCAUCACCGUCAAUCAGAAGUCCAUCUUUCUCAGCGUGGCCGUGGUUGUGCCUUACUUUCUCGAGAAGAAGGCCGGGACGAUCCUCAACGUUAGCUCGGUGGGAGGCAUCCGGGUGAAGAACGGGCUGGUAUGGUACGGCGCGACCAAGGCGUUUGUGAACAAGAUCACAGAGGGCCUCGCAUCGGAAUAUGGCCAUUCUGGAAUAAGGGUCAAUGCCGUCUGUCCUAUCCUGGGAUAUACCGAUUUGGCACAAUCAUUCAUGGGCGUCGACGAUACCCCGGAAAACAGGGCUAAAUUCGAGGCCUCUUUCCCUCGGGGAGAAGCUUUGAAGCUGAACACUUCGGUCGGGUACGUCGCCAAUGCGGCGGUAUAUCUCUGCUCUGAUGAUGCUGCAUUCGUGUCGGGCAUAUGCAUGCCUGUGGACGGAGCGGCAACCGUGUUCGCCGCUGGAGUUGGCAAGUAA